AUGGAAGUUGGAAAUUGCGCAAACGACAGUGCGAAUGCGAGGGCUGCCAAAGGAAAACGCGGAACUCCCAAUAAGAGAUGGAAGGCAGAAUUUGAUAAUUUUCUGAUUCCGGUGUUGGUUGAGCAAGCCAACAAAGGGCUGAAGUGUGACAAAUCUUUCAAAAGAGUUGCUUUUGCCCAUGCUGCAUCGGCAGUGAACACCAAAUUUAACACUGACUUUACAGCGGAAAAUGUUGAGAACCACUACCGGACACUGAAGGCUCGAUACGUGGAGAUUAAAAAGGCAAGAGACUUGAGUGGGGCGGGAUGGGACAACGAAACGAAAAUGAUUACCCUUGACCCAAUCGUUGCAUUCACUUAUACGGAGGUAUAUUUCUUUUUGUUUGUUGCUGCAAAAGCUUUCAUCAACAAACCUAUUGAAAACUAUGAAGGGUUACGGAUUAUUUGUGGCGAGGAUAGUGCGACAGGGUCAUAUGCGACAUCUCUGUAUUCGGAUUUUGGAGAGAAAACUAUUGGAGAUGAAAAUAAUGAGAAUGAGAACUCGGACUCACCAGUCGAUCAACGUAAUAGUGAUGAUGAUGGCACUGGGAAUUCAGCACCUCCAAUUGCGCGUAGUCCUGCAAUGUCAUCGAGCAUGAGGUCCCAACGAACAAAGGGGAGCAAAGACAUUCCAAUGAUGGCUGAUCUGGUGACAGUUGUCGGGGAAAUGGCAGCGACAAUUAGAAACCCUACACAUUGGUCAGAAACACUGUAUUCAAGGGUUAUGGAAGUUGAGGGCUUCACUGAGCAUGUGCUGGAAGAUGUGUUUGAUUAUCUCCAGGAGAGAGAAGCUGAAGCGAGAAAGUUCAUGGUUAAACGGUUAGAGAUGAGGGAGGCCUGGGUUCGGAAGUAUCUCGCCAACCUUGCUUAA